AUGUGUGUGUAUCAGUGGCCUCCUCCAGGUCUGUCCCUGCAGAAACAGAACGGCAGUAAUGACAGCUGUAUUCUUCUGCUCUGCUCUCUGGAGGCUCUGAACCCUGAGCUGGUGAACUUCACCUGGAUUCGAGAGGGUCAAGGCUCACUUUAUUCAUCCACAUCUUAUGACAUGAACAGUUCUCUGGAUCUGUGUAAACCUGACUGGAGUGAUGGAGACACGAUCAUCUGCCACGCCAACUACUCAAAUAGCCAAACCCAAACAAGAAUACGACUCGCCUCACAUAUGCUUCUGACAAAGAUUGUGGGUGGGCGGAUCGCAUGGACAGGAAGUUCAUCACUCAGAAUGUGUGAGUGCAGAAGUGUCUCUCAAGACGAGCACAUCGACAACAUGUAUUUAAAAUGGGUUACGAACCAUCUUUUAUUUUUUACUUUAAUUUAUCUCCCGCAUACAGAUGCGGAGUCUAUCAGAGCAGUUAAAGGAGAGACUGUCCGUCUGUCCUGCCACUCACUACCUGAUGACAGUGUACAAGUUUCUGUAGAGUGGAUAAAUAGUGCAACUAGCAAAACUAUUUGUAAAUGGAAAUUUGAUAAAAAGUCUGAAUCUUAUACCGCAAUGCAAUGCAUUCCUCAUGUUACAUUCAACAGAACGUCACUUAGUAUAGAAAAUGUUCAGUUCAGUCACUCUGGUAUUUACAGCUGUAAAACAACAAGAUUAAUUCCACCACCAUCAGUGGACAACAUCUCAAAUGUGAAACUCCAAGUUGAAGCUCCUCCAGGUCUGUCCCUGCAGAAACAGAACGGCAGUAAUGACAGCUGUAUUCUUCUGCUCUGCUCUCUGGAGGCUCUGAACCCUGAGCUGGUGAACUUCACCUGGAUUCGAGAGGGUCAAGGCUCACUUUAUUCAUCCACAUCUUAUGACAUGAACAGUUCUCUGGAUCUGUGUAAACCUGACUGGAGUGAUGGAGACACGAUCAUCUGCCACGCCAACUACUCAAAUAACACAACCCAAACACAUAUAAUACUCACCUCAGACUCAGAGUCAGAGUAUGGAUCUGACAAAGUUUUAAGGAGAAAAUAUUCAGCAAUGCUGCUGACUUAUGAGUUUGCACAUGGUUUGUUUUAA